UGUUCUUGAUUUUAGUUUGAAUGCUUAAUUUAAUUACAACUUGGAAGAUUAAUACUUAAAAAGUUGUUUCACUUUGUCUUAUGAUGAUCCUUCAUCUGAAAUCUACAAGUUGGGUGUUUCUUUUAGUUUGAUUCUUUGUUCUUCUUGCAUAAAAGGUCCAAGAGAUUCCCUUCAAAAUGGUAUCUUUUUGUGGCUCCAUGAUUGAUAUAUAAUGUCCGACUUUUUUUAGCCAUAAGUUAUCUCUUCUUACUGAUUUUUCUGAAUCAUUGCACAUGGGAGAAUCUCUUGAGGUCCUUGAUAUUUUUUGUUGUCUGGAACAAAAUUGGAAUGUUCCUUUUCUUAGCUGUAUCUGAUUUAAAGAACAGAAAUUAAGAGAUUAUUUUGGUUUCUAAAUGUUGAGCUGAUUUUGGAUGAAGGAUAAUGGAGCAUCAUGUCAAAACUUGCCAUGGUUCAGUUUCAGUUGUAGUGUAUGGAGAUCAAGAGAAACCAGCAUUGAUCACUUAUCCAGAUGUAGCACUAAACUAUAUGUCGUGUUUCCAAGGAUUGUUUCUAUGCCCUGAAGCGGUGUCCUUACUGCUCCAUAAUUUCUGCAUCUACCAUAUUAGUCCCCCAGGACAUGAGUUCGGAGCUGCUCCAGUUUGUUCCAAUGAUCCGUCACCUUCUGUUGAAGACCUCGCGGACCAGAUUCUUGAAGUAUUGAACUUCUUUAGCCUUGAGGCAGUAAUGUGCAUGGGGAUCACAGCUGGUGCCUACAUCCUUUCCUUGUUUGCUAUUAAACAUAAAGAACGAGUUUUGGGUUUGAUUCUUAUAUCGCCUCUAUGCAAAGCACCCUCAUGGUCUGAAUGGUUUUAUUACAAGGUUGUGUCAAACUUAUUGUACUACUAUGGCAUGUCUGGACUGUUAAAAGAUAUUUUCCUUCAGAGGUACUUCAGUAAGGAAGCUCGUGGUAGCUCUGAAGUUCCAGAGCGGGAUGUGGUACAUGAAUGCAGAAGACUGCUAGGUGAAAGACACGGUAGUUGUCUUAUGCGGUUUCUGGAAGCAGUUAACAGGAGACAUGACUUAACUGAUGGAUUGAAGAGUUUGAAAUGCCGAACACUCAUCUUUGUUGGCGACCAAUCUCCUUUCCACUCUGAAACUCUUCACAUGGUGACAGCAUUGGACAGAAAAUACAGCGCCUUGGUUGAGGUGCAAGCGUGUGGAUCAAUGGUGACAGAAGAGCAACCACAUGCAAUGUUGAUACCAAUGGAGUUCUUUUUCAUGGGGUUUGGAUUGUAUCGGCCUGGUCGGGUUAGCGAUAGCCCCCGUAGUCCACUCAGUCCGUCAUGUAUUUCGCCAGAGCUUCUUUCUCCAGAGAGUCUUGGUUUGAAGCUAAAGCCAAUAAAAACUCGGGUUCCCACGAAAUGUUAAAGCCACCACACACGUUGAUUCAUUGUAUUUUUCCUCUCAUAUUUGGCGUAUCAAUUCAAAUAUUCUUUUAUUAAAUUUGUGUUUGUACUUUGUAAUCGCUUAACUCAAAAACUCUUUAUUUAUAA